AUGGAAAGGAAAGCUGGACACUUGGUGCCACCCUGCCCUGGCUCAGACUGUAGUGAUUUUUUCUGGUUUUUGCUUACCGUUGUGAAAUAUCGCUGCCUGCUGAAGCUCCCAGCACCCCAAAGGGUCCAGAUUGCACGUCUCUUUCUCUAUCACCAGCAGGGUGGUUCCUACGGCUGGCAAACUGUCUCCAGGGGCAAUUCUGAUGGUAUUGCCUUCCUUUUCUUCAGUCACUUGAAACGAUUCCGAGGUCAGCAGGCGAGCCAACACAGAAUCCUGAAUGAAAUCUGCAAAUUGCAGAGUCUGUCAGUGCACAAAGACGCUGGCAGCCCAGCUGAGAUCCAGCUGCCCACAAGACGGCAGAGCGUCGCCGUUGAGGAGCUGCCUGUCCUCAGCCCUCUGUGCCAGGUGAAGCUGGGGGAUUCCUUCCUGCUGCUGCCCCCAUAUGCCCUGGCGCCACUUACAGUUUUCACCUGGGAACAGAGGCACGGAGCAAAAGACGUUGAUGUAGCUGAAGGCGUCUGAACUGUUCUGGGGCCCUCUGGGCAGUGGGAGCAUCUGUGUGUCUGUUGGACAACAGUCACCUGCGACUCUGAAGAUGAGACCCUCCGGAUACCAUGCUGUGCCAGCUCCGUGACUGAGGCAGUCGGCACCUCUGUGGGCUGUGAUUUCCCUCGCGGCAGAUGGCCGCAUGUCAGAAGAGGAUCACUGCGAGCCACAUACUGGAGCAUUUGGGGCAGGAAUUCGGCAAUUACAGAUUGGACGAACUUGGCCAUGAGAAACAAGUCAGGCAAGCACAGCUCAUCCCAGCCUUCUCCCUUGGUUGCUCUGCUGAUGGAAGCUGCCGUGUUGUGAGCUGCCCUAAAGGAGAGGCCCCCAUGGUGAGGGACCAAGGGUGGCCUCUGGUCAACAGCCAGUUAAGAAACAGGGGCCCUCCAUGCAACCACCCAAGAGGAAUCGAAACCUACCAACCAUAUGAAUAUCAGUGUUGUUUCCGAUGGGCCACUGUGAACAGAGAUGCUGUGAACUUCUUCUACACGACUUUUUUAAAUGGCCUCCCAUCCUCCUUAGCCAAGGUAAGACCUACGGAUCCUUCAGGGAGCAGCUGAAAUGUCACCUCCUCUGAGAAGCCUUCCUUGACUUCCUGAUCUGGUCGGACCCCUGCUAGAUGCCUUCAUGUCUUCCUGAACUUUUUCUUUAU